CAACUCUGUUGUUCAUGGCUCUUAUUUUGAAAUGUGUUGCGGAAGUGAGUCAGUUGCGUCCUCAACAUGGAGGGGUUUGUGGCAGACGGCGUGUCAGCGCCUUUACCUGGACGAUGUGCUUUUUAUGUAGCAAAAAAGAAACGAUACUGCAAGAUGAUUGUUGGAAGUGGGAAAACUUUCUGCGGUGAACAUGCAAACGCUGGUGAAGAAGAGAGUGAGAAAAAACGAAUACCCUGUCCUCUGGAUCCCAAACACACUGUAUUUGAAGAUAAUUUGGCUAAACACCUGAAGAAAUGCAACUCUAAGGAGAAACCAAAACCUAUUUAUUAUGUGAAGGAUAUCAAUGCUGGUUCUGCAAAUGAAGAUGAACCUAUAGAGGAGAUAACCAUUGCUGAGCGAUCCAAAGAGGAACUGGAAAAGUUGAUUGUGAAACUCAAAACUGCACUGAAGGGACUAAAUACCAAACUCGUUGAAAAAAUCCUCUCCCAUGCUGCUUUACAUGAGCCUCUAAGUGACCCAAAGAAUGGAGAUUCUGCCUUUAAACACCUCAAACAACAGGCUUCAAUUCUUGGAAACAUGGAGGUUUUAGAACUGCUCGGCCCGAACAGAUGCUACAUAGAGUUUGGAGCAGGGAAAGGAAAACUCUCCCACUGGAUUCACAUCGCUCUUAAAGCAGCUGAAAAUGUGAAUUUUUUACUUGUGGAAAGGUCCAGUACUCGCUUUAAGGUGGAUGGCAAGCACAAAAAUACAGGCUCGACGUUUGAUAGGCUUCAGGUUGAUAUUCAGCACCUUGAUUUAUCAAAGGUCCCUCUCCUGAGAAAAAAAGGACUUCCUAUUAUUGGUGUUGGGAAGCACCUCUGUGGUGCAGCAACAGAUCUGGCCCUUCGGUGUUUAUUUGAGCACAACUGCUCUGACAAAGAUGAUGAACCUCCAACAAAGCGCAUAAAACUCCAUCAGAAUGAGGGUGCUGGUGAUUUUAUUAAGCCUGUUCCCUCAACCGAAGGCAGGGAGACUGGCGAAAGGCUCAUAGUGUCAGGACUGGCCAUUGCUCUUUGCUGCCACCACCGUUGCGACUGGAGACACUACGUGGGAAAAGACUUCUUCACGAAGAGAGGUCUUGGACCAGAAGAGUUUGCUGCUUUUCAGCGCAUGUCAAGCUGGGCCACUUGUGGGAUGAGAAAAAUUGGGUCCAAUACAACGGAUAAACGAAGUGAACAUAAAACAGGUGAAGAGGAAGAACAUGAGAUAUGCGAGGACACUUUAGCAGAUCCCCUCAACGGUUUGAUGUCCAUUGAAGAUCGGGAACAGAUCGGAUGGCUUUGUAAGCGUCUGAUUGACCAUGGCAGAGUGUAUUACCUUCAGCAAAAAGGCUUUGAAACCAACCUGAAAUACUACACAAGCAGAGACAUUUCAUUGGAGAAUGUGUUACUAACAGCCGUUCCCGCAGCCAAUCAGAAUAGAGAUGAAUCUCAACAGCCUUCUUAA